AUGCGGGCCCCGCCUGUCCUUAUGCUUAUGGUCAUCCUGCUGAUGUGGUACCCAAAAGCGCCGUGUGUUCAGGACCGGGACUUCGUCGAGCUGUUUUGCGGUAAGAUGGAGGCAGGACUCCGCGGCACCUCCCUCGACAUCGAGCUGGAUCCGCAGACGAUGGAUUUCCUGAAGCCGGGCAAUGUGCUUUCCAAGCAGAGUGAUUUUGCUGAUCUUCGUGUGCCAACUUCGGGGUCUUCGAUGGGUGGUGGAGCAACCUUGUCGGUCUUUCCUGUCCGCUAUGCCUCGAUUUCAACAGUUGUUGAGCUCCCUCAAGGUCUGGACUGGAGGCUUCUGGAUGGGUAUGUUCGAUGGGCCAUCAGCGAAGCGACAUACACUCUGGAGCAACGUAAGAUGUCGACACUCCAGCCGUUGUGCCACUACUACAAGGACUCACUGGGAAUACAGCGACGAAUUGGCAAAAGAGCUGAACUGAAAGCCUCUCAGAGCUACACGAGGAACUUUGGUGAGUUCCUGGCUGGUGCCUUCAUGCACCUCCGGUCGGCGAAGCCGACCCCGACCGAAGAGGAGCCCAAGGUUGAGACCCGAGCCCGGAGCAAGCGCAAACCCGCCGAAGCCCAAGCAGAAGCUGAGAAACACGAUGAUGAGAAGCCACCCAAGAAAGGGAAACCCAGCAAGGGCCAAGCCAACAAGGACCCCACCGAGAAGCAGGAGGAACCCAACGAGAAGCAGCCGCAGGAGCAGUCUCAGGAUGCCCCCGAGGCAGCUGCCGAUGAGGAUCUGGGUCCGUUCGAGGAGUUUCCACCUAAGACACCCGGGGCUUGGGGUGAGGAGUUCUUCGAGACGGGGCUUAAUGUCGUGGUGAGCUGGAAAAACUUGGAUGAUGUGUGGCGAGCUUGCAGGGCUUCCGACAAGCCGAUGUACAGAGACAUGCAGUACGAGAAACUUCUGCAGAUGAUGGAGGCGGCUCUUGGUCCCCGGCCCAAGCACGUGCUUAAGCCUGUUGAGGUCCACCUUGCUGCUGAAGAGACCCACCCGGGCCCUGUGUUGGAGGACGAGUCCCUGAAACAAACACAGGAGCAACAGCAGUCUCAGGAGGAAGGUGAUGACGAGGAGCAAGACGACCAGGAAGGGGAGGAGGAGGAAGCAGAAGAGGAUGAGGAAGAGGAAGAGGUGGAGGAAGUGAAGAAACCGCUUCCUAGCAGUUCUAGCGCCAAGCCACCGCCUGAAACCACAAGCCCGCCGAAGAUCAACACGUGGAAUGGCAUCCCCAGCCCUGCAACGAAGGAGAAAGCCCGCUCCGAGAGCCCAGAACAGGUGAAGCCAACAGACCUGAACAGCAAGUUCAAUCGUGUACGGCGGUCGAAGUCCGAACAGCCCCCGUCCCUGAGUACUUUGGUGCUGGGUGCCCACCUCACCGAUGAGCAGGCAUACUCGAAUCGUCCAGCCUCGGAGGUUGGUGCGGUUCCCGCGGAGGAUCUGCAUGAAGGGUUGAUGAGUGCAUCUCAAGCAGGCAGCGACAGCGAGCUACGAAGUCUCGUGACAACGAUGCAGUCAGAGAUCACUAGGCUGAAGGCCAUGCUGGCUACGAAGGAUGCGAACCCGGGAGCCCCGCCGGCCACACCGCCGGCCGCACCGCCGGCCCCGCCUGCGAAAGCCUCGGUUAAGCACGAGGAGAAGGAGUCGGAUGGGGAGGAUGAGAACGGGGAGGAGCAAGAAAGCGAAGAGGAGGAUGAUGAAGAGGAGGAGGAGGAGGGGGAUGAAGACCACGAGACCCCGCCACCAAAGGCCAAACCGCCUGCCACAACCUCUGUGACCAAGACCACGAAGCCUAAGGGGCCCAACUCGUCGACCCACCGUGCUCAAUGGAUGAAGUUCGGUCGGCGAAUGGACAGCCAGGGCUCGGAGUUCCCCGAAAUGACUAAGCUGUGGACCGGAAGCAAAGACGAACAGCACGAAGUGUUCGCGAAAUGGCUCGAGGAGGGCGAGAACAUGAACAACACGGAGGCCCAGCUGAUCAUCACCAAGACGAAAUCGGCCGAGGUGAAGAGUGGCUAUGAGGAGCUCACCGUGAAGGAAAUGGUUGCGAGAGGAUUCAGUGCGACAAAGAUCGAAAGCAUAGUCAGAAAGGGUGGAACCCCUGACCCCGACGCCCCUCACUGCCUCGAAUCCAUCGUGUAUGUUUGCCGGAAGAAGAAGAACGUGGAAGAAUCCGAAAAGGUUUCCCAGACCGGCGGUGCCAAGGCCGUGGCCCCGUUGAUGAGGUUGAACGGAAUGCCGGGGCCUGGAUCGACCUCGGGCGCCACCGAUGCAGUUUUGCAGCUUGCUGCGAACGCUUUUGCUUCGGGCACCGAGUCAGCAUUGAGGGGCUAG